UGUUUAAACUUUCGCGGUCAAUAGAAUACCGUCUAUUCAAAUACACAAACAUAUCUGAUUGAAAUGACAUCCGACUAAAUAGGUAAUUUAAUAAGAGUUAACGUCAAUCUAAAAACUCUAUAAAGUGAUUCAAUAGCAACGGUGUACGGUUAGAAAUAUUAGAAAUAUCAUUAAAAUCUUGGGGGUAUUUUUUCGCCAAAAACAAGUUUGUUCUUUAUCACAACGGAUAUACAUGGAUGAUAAGUUUGAUAAGUUAUAAGCCACUGUCAUAAAAUGUUAUAUGAAAAGGAAUUAUGUGAUAGUGUUUUUAAAAAAUAUUCCUGUCGGACAAUGCAGUUAUUAAUUUGUUAUUAAUAUGAUAAUUAUGUGAAAAAUCAGCGAGUACGUGAUAUAAUUAUUAACAAAAACUCUUAAUAGAUAGUUUAUAAGUUAUAUAUCAUAUUCAUUGAAAGACAAUUUCACAAUAAACGUAUGAAAUGUUGACUGGACGAUUAUCACGGUCGCAGUCAAGACCGAACACUGCCUGUAACGUCGACCGGAAUUAUCGGCAAGAUUUGCCAGGAACUGCUAGGCCAAGAACUGCCGGUAUUGUCGACCGUGUCAAUAGCCGAUAUUCAAUCCGAAGAAGGUAUCAUUUAAAUUGUACGGAGCGGAGCAAUUAUGGCGACUGCAUAGCACGUACACCGAGCAAACAAGACAUCGAGCGACAAAAAUAUAGUUUUAAACCGGCAAUUCGACCACAAUCAGCUCCAAUGAAGACAUUAUGUGAACGAAAAAAGCUUGAAAUCCUAUCAUCAAAGUUAAAUGGAGGCAGAGGGCAUAUAAAAUGUUCACUGUCUAAAGAAGACAUGUUUGAUGUUGUCAGGGCCGCCAAAGAUGCGAAAAAUUUCGAGGAAGAUUCAAAUUAUUACCAUCAGGUAGAACAAUCAAUAAAAGAACCGGAGAAAGAUGAAGAAAAGAAAGAUGCUGCGCCGGUGUUUAACAAGCGUCUCUUCGCGUCACAGGGAGCCGUCAUUAUUACACAAGAAGCGCGUCGGUUGAUGGCGAUAAACGCGGCAGCCAAUGAAAAGUGUGAUUUAGAUUCACUGCUGACUAAAACGGAAGUGCAAUGUUUGAGAUGCGUUGUGGAUGGUUUAAAACUCAUUCAUAAGGGACAGGACUUCGUUAAGGAUGUUUUAAGUAAGGUGGUAUCGUAUGAGAUCUACAAAGCUUUUGAAUAUGUGUCGAUUAAAGAUUGGGAGGACCAUCUGGCAUGUUAUUAUAUUCUUAACGGAGCUGUGGAAGUGACCUAUGAUUUAAGGUCUACAGAAUCGCGAAAUGUAUUCCAAGCUAAUAUCAUUUACAGCCAUGGCACUGGUGAGUAUUUGGGACUCGUCAGUGCAGAGGGGCCAACAGAGGAUCUUGCACCGCCGGCAACCAUUUACACAAAAGAGCUCACCCAAUUUAUACGCGUGGAUAGACAACGGUUCCAUAAAUUGAUGAAAAAGGCUACAAAAUUGAUCGACAAAAGGAAACGAGAUUAUAUUUCUAGUCAUAGUUUUCUGGCCAGAACCUCGGAUGAUGUUAAAGAAAAGAUUCUUCAUAAACUAGCUAUACAGGAAUAUCCGGCCAACAGGGUUUUGCUAUCACAAGGGGAAGUAACCGAGUAUCUUUUCAUAAUAAUGUCAGGACGCUGCCAAACGUACCGGGAAGUUCAUAUACCGGAAGCUGAUAAAGAAGCACUUUUCUACCUCACCAGUAGAGAUCCAGAUGAUUUCUUUGGCGAGGAGUGUGUUCUAGACAAUGCGCCAAGUUUAUGUACUGUAGUGACUGCCUCAGCAACUACUGUUAUAAAACUUCAUCGAUCGGCAUUGAAAAUGGUCAACAGAGAUAAACUCUCGCGCUUUAUCGAUGAACUACGUCAUGAUAUUCCUGGAGACGAGAAUUUAAGAGAUCGUGGAUACCGGGAUUCUAUGUGGAAUAAAUAUAAACAUACUCAAAUAAAGGGAUCUCUAAAAGAAGGUGGAAAGCUGCAAUAUCUGAGUCGACCAAACAGUGCUAUGGUUCGUGAACGCCCUCUUGAAGAUAGUGAGCUGUACAUUGAAAACAUGCGCCGAUUUGUUAUGAAAGGAAGUCAGUUUGAGCCAAUGCGCGCGCAGUCUGCAAAUACUAGUUUAACCGGAAGUCACCACAAAGCUCAUAGACAUAAGAAAAGGCCACAUACGGCUUUUGCAAAUCUUGUUAUAGAAGCACUGGAGUCGUCGAGCGAGAGUGAAAAUGAGAAAGAAAACGAAAGUCAUGAAGAAGAUAGUUCACAUGUAAAUGAAAGAGGACAGUCAACACUUAUGACAGUAGAAAAGGCCAAAGAAAUGGAGCAACAUAUUACAAAGUCAGAUCGGAGGGGUAUUCACCUGUCACAUAAGGCAAUGGAAUCUAAAGAGGGUUUAAUGAAACUUUUAGACGAGCCUGGAGAAAUAAACUUACAUCAGCGCCACGCUUGGAAAGCAGAGGGUUCCCAAGAUACUCAAAAUUUCAUGAAAAAUGGUGUGUUGGUAACGAUGACGUCAGAGGAUAUUGUGCGAAAGGCUAAAGCUUUGGCAGAUACUUACGUGGAUAAAUGGAAACAAGGGUCCAAUGAAAAUGAAGAAGACUGGGAUACUAUCCUUCAUGCUGAAAACAAACAAGCUAAAAUGCUUAUCACUGCCAACAGAAUAAGAAUUAAAGACCUGAAACGCCGUCUUGCGGACUUGCAAAAAAGGCGGGAAAAAGAAAGACAAAAAUACAGACCAAAACGAGCGGGGUAUUUUUCUGAUGAUGAUGACGAAGAAGAAGGUGAAAAUGAAUCUGAGUAUAAAGAUAAAGAAAAGUGUGACACUAAAACAUUAUGUGUUGAUUUUAAUAACACUGAAGAUACGGGGAAGGAAUUUAUUGAUAAAUCAGAAAGUGACGUUGCAAAUGACAUACCGGAAGUGAUUGAUGGAGAUAUGACUGGACCGGAAGUGACUGUUGGGGACAUGACUGGGACACGAGGAAUAAGUAGCUCUUCCUUGUCAGUGUAGCCAAAUCAACAUUUUGCCGUUGUUAUCAUAUUGUUAUUCUAAUUUCACCGAAAGUGCAAUUUCAUAACAUGUAUAAAAACAAUGAAUAAUAAAGAAAUAUAUACAUGA